AUGUUAGCUUCCUCCCCCUCGCCUUCCCAGGCGGCAAUGCGCUCUCCUCGCCAGACGGGGGCUCACUAUGAGUCUGCUCCACAAUUCAAUAGCCCACGCUCGUCGCGCUUGGCUAUUGAGGAGCUCCGCUCGGCCUUGAACCGCCAUACCGUCGAUCCUGCCUCUCCUGUCUCUCCUGCAGAUCUUCGGCGACGCACCUCUGCAGCAACGGCUGCCAGUGUCACUCUUACUCCUGGAGAGGCGUUGGCCAAUUCCUCCACUCCUCCCGCUGCGCCGACGACCGCAAGCGCUGCCGCGAUCCCGCCGCCCGCUUCCUCCGCCUCUUCCUCCAUGCCCGCCCCGGACACUCCGGUGUCCAACAAGCGCAACAGUCAGACUGACCACCACGCGCCUGAUGCGACGCUGGUGCAGGAUGCGCAACCCUCGCAGGCCAAGCGCCUACGAUCCUCCAAGGCCGACGUCAAGAUCCUGCCCGCCCAGUACGAGGACGUUGAUACCCGUGAUCUGGUCGUGCUGAUUUCCAGCAUGCUCCUGGAACUGAUCCACUUCAACGACAAGAUCCCUCUGAACCAGGGCCGCCUGACCCGCUUUCACUCUCGAUCGCCUCCCCGAAUCUCCGUGCAGGAUUACAUGCAGCGCCUGACGACGCACGCCACCCUCUCGCCCCCGAUUCUCCUCUCCAUGGUCUAUUACAUCGAUCGUCUCUGCGCCCUCUACCCUGCCUUCACCGUCUCCAGUCUGACCAUCCACCGUUUCCUGAUCACCAGCGCAACUGUCGCCAGCAAAGGACUCAGUGAUAGCUUCUGGACCAACAAGACGUAUGCACGCGUAGGCGGAAUCAGCAUGACCGAGUUGGCCAUGUUGGAGCUGGAGUUCUUAUUCCGUACCCAAUGGCGCAUCGUACCACAGCCGGAAGUCCUGGUGGAUUACUACAAAAGCCUCAUUGAACGAUGUGAUGGCUAUGAGAUCGAUCGCACCCCCGUCGAUGACAGCGCUCCAAUCACCUCUGCAGCCACUCCCUCAUAG